CCGCGUCCAUUCUGUGCCGGUGGUCGGAUUUAAGGGGUAGGGAAAAGUUAGCUUUAGGGAUCGCAAAGCGUGGUGACCCCAUGGCCCCGCUGGGAGGCGUCCCGGGGCUGGUGCUGCUGUUCAGCGGGAAGAGGAAAUCCGGGAAGGACUUCGUGACCGAGGCGCUUCAGAGCAGGCUAGGGGCUGACGUGUGUGCUAUCCUCCGGCUCUCCGGUCCACUCAAGGAGCAGUAUGCUCAGGAGCACGGCUUGGACUUCCAUAGACUCCUGGAUGCCAGCACCUACAAGGAGGCCUAUCGGAGGGACAUGAUCCGCUGGGGCGAGGAGAAGCGCCAGGCUGACCCAGGCUUCUUCUGCAGGAAGAUUGUGGAGGGUGUCUGCCAGCCUGUCUGGCUGGUGAGUGAUACACGGAGGGUGUCUGACAUCCAGUGGUUUCAGGAGUCCUAUGGGGCGGUGACACAGACGGUCCGUGUGGUGGCCACGGAGGAGAGCCGGCAGCAGCGGGGCUGGGUGUUCACACCAGGGGUGGACGAUGCUGAGUCAGAGUGUGGCCUGGACAACUUCGGGACCUUCGAUUGGGUCAUUGAGAACCACGGGGAUGAGCAGCGCCUGGAGGAGCAGUUGGAGCACUUAAUAGAAUUUGUCCACUCCAGACUUUAGCCGGCAGCUUCUAGGAGCAGGCCGGGGGCCGCUGGGCUGAGGGUGGGCUGACUGUGUUGGACAUGCGGUUGCUGACGCUGGCCAAGGUUGGGGAGCAGACAGAGGGCCUGGGUCAAGCUUUCUGGGGGCUGAUAGGUGUCAGACAAGAAACCGCCAGGGACCUCAUUUCGUCAUGAAAAGGACAGCCCUGCCUCUUUGCGAGGAGACUUAAAGGGCAGAGGGGAGGGAGUUGGCUGUGUUUGAAGCAGAGUGUCACCAUCUCCACAGGUGCCAGGCCCGUAAGCCUGGGGUGGCCGUGAUUCCCUGACUGGAUGUUCUCAACCCCUUGUUCUGAGCAGGAGCCUGGGGUUCCCCACUGUGGAUAUCAUAAACCUCUCUGGAGCACCUGCUCAGAACUGGACAUCUCUCUUUUCCCAGAUGACAGCUCAGCUUGCGUGGGCCUCCAUAGUGUCUGGGUUGACCUGGUGGCUCUGGGUUCCUGCUCUGUCUCCCCCCUGGGCUGCAGCGUAUCCUGCAGAGGCUGACCUUGAUCUGGGCCACUCGGGUAACAGGCCUGUGCAUGUCUGAGGCAGGAUUGGAGUCUGAGGGUCUCGUCUGCUGGGAUGGCCCCAAGAGAGGCUCCGUGCUCCACAGAAAGUGCCACCAGCAGGCACCCAGAAGGGCUGCGGUGUCAUAGAAAGCCAGAGGCACCAGAGCUGGAUGGCCCUUGGUAACCACUGAGAGGCCCUGGGCAAGUCAUGUAACCUCAGCUUUCCCAUAGGAGUCCUUGGACUUGACCCCGCUUAUUUAUAGAGCCUUAUGUGUGUGUGCCAAGUCACUUGUUAUGUCCAACUCUUUGUGACCCCUUGGACUGUGACCUGCCAGGCUGCUCUCUCCAUGGGAUUCUCUAGGCAAGAAUACUGGAGUGGGUUGCCAUGCCCUCCUCUAGGGGAUCUUCCCACCCAGGGAUCAAACCCACAUCUCUUAUGCCUCCUCCAUUGGCAGGCAGGUUCUUUACCACUGGUGCCACCUGGGAAGCCCGUAGAGCCUUCUGCUGCUGCUGCUGCUGCUAAGUCGCUUCAGUCGUGUCCAACUCCGUGCGACCCCAUAGAUGGCAGCCCACCGGGCUCCCCCGUCCCUGGGGUUCUCCAGGCAAGAACACUGGAGUGGGUUGCCAUUGCCUUCUCCAGUAGAGCCUUAUACAAUAUCUAAAUUUCUUCCAGAUUCUUCACAGCUACUCUGUGAAAUAUUCAAGGAGGACAUUUUCAUCUGCAUUUAGCAGGUGCCAAGGACUCAAGAGAAGUAAACAACCUGUCCAGGGUAGAGGAUUAGUAAAUGUUGGCACUCUGGCCAGAGCACAGGCCGCCUGACUCCUGACUCCCCUUGGCCAACGUACCUUUGGGGUUUGGUGCAAAGCCGCAUGGCCAUCCUGGCCAUCCUACUGCGUAGCCUGGGCCCACCACCUCUCUGGCACUAACUUUGUUCUCCUUCUAUAAAAUCUGAUGGUUCACACUGAGAAGGGGACAACCAAGGAAAUUCCUUUGGUUUCACUGUGACCCUUAGUGAAUUCUACACAUCCCUGCCCACAUCUCCUCCCUAGAUUACCUCUUCCUGAGACUAGUCCCCUGUCUCUCCCGCAGGCCUGAAAGCCGUGGACUCGUCUGUGUCCCCAACCCCCGGCUGAUUGGUCCCCAGGUUAUGUUAAUCUGCCUUGCCUGUGUCCAUUCCUGAAUGCCAGGCUGUGUGCCUGACACACAAUGAGGCCAGACAAGACCAAAAUGUCAGAGUUUAGAGCAGAGAGAGGUUCACUGCAGGGCCACGCAAGGAGAUGGGUGGCUUCUACCUUAAAAGACCCCCAACUCCCUGAAAGCUUUCAGCAAAGCUCUUUUAUAGGAAAGGGUGGCGUGGUUAGUUGUUGCAAGCUUCUUGGCGUCAGAUCCUUUGUUCUUAAGGUCAGGUCGUGGUCCGGUCACAAUGUUGCUGGAAGCCUCCACCAAAACAAAUGUUAUUCUCUGUUCUGACAAAGAAGGGCAAAGUCCUAAGGCUCAACUUUUGCCCUCCGAGGCCCAGGCUAAGAGGAGGAGUCUCUGGGCCGGCCGGUUUCUCUGCCCGGGAGCACUGGUCCAGCACCCAGUCUGUGUUCUUCUAUGAGUGCCCAGGCCCUGCUGAAGAGGCAGAGCUCAGCUGGUGGCACACUCAGGGGCGGGUCCCCAGAGCCUGCCCAGCUGUCAUCACUGAGGGAGCCAGGCGCCCAGCACCCAGCCAGCCCUUGGGCUUUUCAUUUAAACUGGAGCGAAUCAUUUGGGUGGGAUCAGUAGGGAUACAUGUUGUGGCAAAUGCCCAUCAGGUUAGUUCCCAGCUCAUAGCAGUUGCCAUUCUUUGAGAACAGCUCCACCCAUAAAGAUAGACCUGAAGUCAUGAUGGGCAGUGUCUUUGCAACUUAACCCUGACCUCUGGCCACCUCUCAGUGGGUAGACAGCUGAUCUCAGCUAUAUCAAUUUUUGAAAUGUGAACGGAGACACUGAAGCUGGUUGAAGCUGUGACCUUAAUGGCAGUGUCCAUGCACUCCAGAUGCUGAGGGAGGCCUCUGUGGAUGGUGACCCAUGGAGGCUGGCACCACCAUUAGACGGCAGAGGGGGGAUGGAGGAGAGGGCGCAGCUGCUUUGAGGCCUGGGCCUGGCCAGCAAGUGGCUGUGUCGAGGGCUCUGAAGCUCUGUGAGACACAGCUCUCCGCCUGUCCCUGGGCCCCCCAGCUCACCCACCAGCUCUGAGGCUAGAGAGCCUGGAUAGCCCCGGGAAGAAGGCCAAGAUCACCUCUCACCUUCUGUGCCUUGAGGACCACUGCCCGGCUGUUGGUGGAGUGGCACCUCUAACCACAGCGCUAAGGGUCUGGAACUCACCCCUGGGCACCUGCCCUGCCCCAUCACGUGUCUUCCCUCUGGGAUUCUCACUGGAAGGGGAACUCCCUGAUGGUAGGGCCAUGUCCAUCUCGUAGUUGUAGUCCUGUCUCCUAGAGCUGGGGGUCAACAGUGGGCUUCAGAAAACGGAUGUGAUUGGAGGCAGGGCGAGCUGGGGCUGUAGGAGUCACACGGUGGAAUCCUGUGGGUGGUCGUUUCAUGCAUCGGAUGUUUCCUCACCUCCCAGCAGAGGCUCUGAUCCAGCCCCCCUACCACCCACUCUGGGCCUGGAACCUCUGCUUCCUGCUGGUAUUGAGGCUGCUGGGGUCCUUUCCAAGGCAGAGACUCUGGCUCUUUGGGCCCCUCUUUUUGAGGCCUUCCCUGAUAGCUCACUUAGUAAAGAAUCUGCCUGCAAUGCAGAAGACCCUGGUUUGAUUCCUAGGUAGGGAAGAUCUGCUGUAGGAAGGAUAGACUACCCACUUCAGUAUUCUUGGGCUUCCCUUGUGGCUCAGCUGGUAAAGAAUCUGCCUGUAAUACGGGAGACCUGGGAUUGAUCCCUGGGUUGGGAACAUCCUCUGGAAAAGGGAAGGGCUACCCACUUUAGUAUUCUGGCCUGGAGAAUUCCAUGGACUAUAUACAGCUGCAAAGAGUCAGACAUGACUGAGCAACUUUCACUUCACUUGUGAGGUCACUUCCCCCUCAGCGUUGUACCAGACUGAGAGAUGACUGAUUUGUUUUUCUUUCUUCCUAGCUUUAGUGAGCUGUAAUUGACGUAUAAUAUUUAUAAAUUUAAGACCUACACAUGAUGUUUUGAUACAUAUUAUCUAUUAUGAAAUAAUUACCACAAAAUUGGUGAGGAGCCGACUCACCGGAAAAGAUCUUGCUGCUGGGAACGAUUGCAGGCAGGAAGAAAAUGGGGGCAGGGGAUGAGAUGGUUGGAUGUCAGUGGACAUGAGUUUGAGCACACUCCCGGAGAUAGUGAAGGACAGGGAAGCCUGGCAUGCUGUAGUCCAUGGGAUCACAAAGAGUCUGACAUGACUGAACACCACCACCUCUGUCACCUCACAUAACAGUCAUUUGUUUUGGGUGAUGGUGAGGACAUGUAGCAACUUCCAAGUAUAUAAUACAGUAUUGCUAAGUACAGUGACUGUGUGGUACCUUAGAUCUCCAGAACUUGCUCAUCUCGUAACUGAAAGUUUGCAACCUCUAACCAACAUCUCUGCAUUUCUCCAACUCCCAGCCCCUGACAGCCAGCAUUUUACUCUUGUUUCUGAGUUCAGUUUUUUUAGAUCCUACAUGUAAGUAAGAUCAUGCAGUAUUUAUCUUUCUUUGUCUGACUCUUUCACUUAGCGUAAUGCCCUCAAAGUUCAUCCAUGUUGCUGCCAAAGGUGGGUUUCCCUCUUUUUUUUCUUUUUGGUUGAAAAUAUUCCAUUCUCUGUAAACCUAGCACAUUUUCUUAAUCCAUUCACUCACUGAUGGACAGUUAGGGUGUUUCCAUGUCUUGGCUAGUGUGAAUAAUGCUACAAUAAACAUGGGGGUGCGGAUAUCUCUGAAAUAGUUGUUUUCUUUCCUUCAGAUGUCUGCCAAGCAGUGGAAUUGCCCUGUGAUCACUGAUUGUUGUUAAUUAAGUUUAAAUUCCCAGGAGUCAGGGAUGAAGCAGAGAAGGGAACGUAGGGUGGUUGGUGGUUCUCAUAUGUCCCUUGUAGGGGUGCUGACCUGGUUCCUGGCUCGGAGUGUUUGGAAGAGUCACAGGAUGUGACUUGGGAAGCCAGCGAGUCUGCUCCCCAUCCUUCGACAGGUUGGCACUGAUGCCUCUUAACGUGGGAGGACCCAGUGGCUAACUAGAGUCACUUCUGCUGGACUUGAAGAUUCUCCGCACUUUUAAAAAAACCCUGAAAUUUCUCUGAAUACCAAAAUCAAUAAUAACCCUGAGUUUUGAUGCCCUAUCUUACGAUGAGAGUUUUAACUCCUUUUGUUUGAAGACAUUCUCCCCACCCUCCUAAUCUUUGUUAAUUUUGUAUAUGGUUAUGAUCUCAGAGUAUUGCUCUUAAGUUAUUUUUAAUAUUAUAUGUAUGUUCUUAAUAAUAAUGAUUUGUAUCACUAACAUUCUCUCAAAAUUUUAUUACUCUGCUUUUAAACUGCUAAAUGGAGGUGUAAUUGGCAUAUAAUAACUGCACAUAUUUGAAGUAGACGAUUUGGCAAGGUUUGAUAUUUGUAUAUGCGCGUGGUCACAGUUAGGAUGGUCAUAUCCAGGACUUCUCUGGUGGUCCAGGGGCUAAGACUCCGAGCUCCCAAUGCAGGGGGCUUGGGUUUGAUCCCUGGUCAGGGAACUAGAUCCCAUAUACCACAGCUGAGAGUUCUCAUGCUGCAGCUAAAGAUCCCAGAUGCUGUAACGGAGAUCUGGGAUCCUGUGUGCAACUAACGACCGGUGCAGCCAAAUAUAUAAAUAUUUUAAAAAAAAAAUGGACGUACCCAUCAUCCUCAAAAACUUCACCGUGUCUACCCUCCCUCUCCCAACCCUUGUUCCCAGGCAACUACUGAUUUGCUUUCUGUCUCUGUUGUCGUUUUCAAUAACUUUGUCUAAAUGAGCUGUACAUUAUACAGUCUUUUUUGGUCUGGUUUCCUUCACUCAGAGUAAGUUUUGAGAUCCAUCUAGAUCACUGCAGGUUCCUGCGGAUAGUUGGCUUGUUUUUAUUGCUGUUGUGUGGUAUGAAUAUACCACCAUUGUCUGUUCAUUCACCUGUUGAACAUUUGGGUUCUUUCCAGUGUUUGGAUAUAACAAAUAAAGAAGCUAUGAA